AUGCUUCGACACAUCACGAACCUUCAUCAGGUUUUCAGACGGCAGAUCUGCAGCAGCGUCCGGAGACAGCUGGAGAACAGUCCAGAAAAGCAGAAGAUCUUUCAGGAGGCCAAUGGAAUGCCAGUACAUCUGAAGGGAGGGCUCGGGGAUGCUGUUCUUUACAGAGCUACUAUGGGACUCACAGUGCUGGGAACAGCGUGUGUCAUAUAUGAGCUUGUAAAGGCAGCCGUCCCUCAGAAGAAAGCUUGAUUUCAACUUCUGCACUUGAAAUGUGAAGAUUUUUUUGAGUGUAUUUAUACUUUCUUUUGAAAAUCAAAUGGGACCAAAGUGAUCUGAUCAAAAUUAAAUAUGUAUCAUAAACUGA